GUCCAAACAUGCGCGAGCUGAGUCUGAGAACUCGGCAGACACGUUAGCAAACGUAAAAUUAGCAUUUUAGCUCGCAUAUGAAAUUUAAUAUCACCUGUCGCUUUGCAUAACAGUUAAAUAUAUCUAGUUACUUAAUUUGUCUCUCAAAUGGCAGGCAAGAAGAAGGAGGCCAGCCUGCAGACGUCUGUCACGAACCAAGAACAAUGGGAGGAGAUGCUCGCAACUAAAGGUUUAACGGUUGUGGAUGUAUACCAACAGUGGUGUGGUCCCUGUCGAGCUGUGGUUAGUCUUCUACGAAAAAUAAAGAAUGAACUUGGCGAUGACCUUUUGCAUUUUGCCACAGCUGAGGCAGACAACAUUGAUACUCUGGAGAAGUAUCGAGGGAAAUGUGAGCCCACCUUCUUGUUUUAUGGGGGUGGGGAGCUGGUGGCUGUGCUGCGAGGGGCCAACGCUCCUCUGCUUCAGAGGAUAAUCGUGGAUGAACUGGCCAAGGAGAAGAUGGUCCUAGAGCAAGGUGGUGAACGCAAAGUGAUUAAAGAUGACAGUCCGCUGGAUGAAGAAAGGAAAGAGGAGGAGGAGGCUGCGAUACAGCAGUCAGAAAAUGAAGAAAGCUUAAUUGUUCCUGCCAGUAAAUCCUACACAGUUGCCAUCAUCAAACCAGAUGCUGUUGCUCAUGGCAAGGCAAAUGAGAUCAUUAUGAAGAUUCAAGAUGCUGGGUUUGAGAUCCUGGCCCAUGAGGAACGCACACUGACCGAGGCUGAGGCGCGAGAUUUUUACCAGCACAAAGCAGCAGAGGCUUGCUUCGAGGACUUGGUGCAGUUUAUGUCCAGUGGUCCCUCCCAUAUUCUGGUACUCUCUCAGGUUGACUCGGCCAACAUUGUACCAGCAUGGCGUGAGUUCAUUGGCCCGGUGGACUUAGAAGAAGCCAGGAGAGAGAAGCCAGAGAGCUUGCGGGCACAAUACGGCACGCAGACACUGUUCAACGCAGUGCACGGUAGUGAGGACAGAGACCAGGCCAGCAGGGAGCUUGCCUUUUUCUUCCCCAACUUUAGGACGGCCUCAGUAACAGAGCAGGAUGGGGAGGAAGAUCGUGUGGAGAGGACACUGGCUCUCAUCCGUCCUGACGUUGCCAGAGAGAACAGAGAAAAGAUCCUGGCUCAUAUCCACAAAUCAGGCUUCACAGUGGCCCUUCAAAGAGAGGUGAUGUUAACAGAGGAGCAGGUGAGACAGUUUUACAUCCAACAUGUUGAGGAGGACUAUUUCCCUGCACUGCUUCGGAGCAUGACCAGUGGACCUGUUCUAGCUCUGGCCCUGGUUAGAAAUGGAGCUGUUCAACACUGGAGGAACAUCCUCGGUCCAGCUGAUGUUAAUAAAGCCAAAGAGGAGAGUCCUGAAUGUCUAAGGGCCCAGUUUUCUGUGGAGAAUGAGUCAAUCAACCAGCUCCAUGGCAGCGCAAGCCAUGAAGAGGCAGAACAAGAGAUCAACUUCUUCUUCCCAAUAGAGCAUACGCUGGCAGUGAUUAAACCUGACGCCAUGGAGAGGCACAAAGAGGAGAUUUUGGAUGAGAUCCGUGGGAGUGGGUUCUCUGUAACACGACUCAAGGAAACAGUUCUGUCAAAGGAGAUGGCGGAGGAGUUUUACAAAGAGCACAAGGAGAAGCCUUUUUUCAGCCAGCUGGUGGAAUUCAUGAGUCGAGGGCCCUGUAUGAUGCUUGUCCUUACCAAGGAAAAUGCAGUGGAGGAGUGGAGAGCCAUGAUGGGCCCCACAGACCCUGACAAAGCCAAGGUGACGUCUCCGAACUCUCUGAGGGCUCGCUUCGCCACCGACAUCCUCCUCAACUCAGUUCACGGCUCCUCCAAUGAGCAGCAUGCAGAGGAGAAGAUCCGCUUUAUCUUCGGUGACAUCUGCUCAGAACCAGGGCUCAGCGGUGAUGAAGAGACUGACAUAACCAAUUUAGCAUUUCUUUCAGCAAAAGAGCAAAGCAUGUCUGCCGAUGAAAAUACAGGAAUGUCAAGCUCUCUAACAGAAUAUGAAGAAGGUGACCCACAUAAUCUGAAUCCCUACGGUCCACCAACAGAAGAGAGUGAUGACCCUGACCAUUAAAACCUGAAUCUACACACCUGGUAGUUUCUUAUUCUGUAACAUUAUAGGAACAACUGAAUAUUUAUG